UCUUUAACUUUACCUCUUCCCUUUUUCUCUUUUCCAUCUCUAACCUUCUUCCCUCUGUUUUCAAACUCAAUCCUUGUAUAUCGCUGCACCAAUCGCUUCCUAAUUUCGUUUUUUCGUCUCUAUCUUUAUUUGGGUCCGUUUAUUUAUUGUUUUUAAUGCCCCUAGAUUGUUCAUUGUGCUUAUAUAAUGUGCUUCAUAUCUGUUGCCGUUUGUAUAUGUGAGUGUACUUUAAGUGCCAUGCAUUUGUAAGUGAGUGUGUAAAAAUCAUUGGUCACCGUUUGUGUAAUGCGACCACUUAUUCUAUUAUCGUACAUUUAUUGCAGUUUUCUAAAUGUACUUUGUUUUCAUGUUAUUGUUAUUUCAACUUUCAAGAUUAUGUAAUACUAAAAUUGGACUGGUUCUGGUAAAAGGAGAACGAUUUUUUUUCAAUAUAUUUUUUUACAAUCUUCAUUUUGCGCAAUAAUGGUUAUUGUUAAUUUGUGUUUGCUUUAUCUCAGUUUAAAUGUACGCAUUUUGUGUUGAUAAAUAUAAUUAGAAUGGUGAGUUGUUUUCACAUUUUGGAUUAGACGAUGUUUAGUUGAGUUAUGUAUCCAUACAAAAUUAUAAUUUGGAAAUUUAGGAAUGCUUAAUGAUGAAAUUCGAAGGGAGGAACUGAAGGAUGUUGGAUUAGAAAGGAUAAUAUCAAUUACCUAUUUAAGUAGAGUAGAGGUUUGUUAGUGAAGUAGCCCUUCUCUUGUUGGUACAUUCAUUUAAUAUGGUCAGUCCUUGUCAAAAUUCCUUUAUGCAUUUAAGUUAUACCACUUGGGGACAGUCUGUAAGUCGCCCUCUUCUUGCUCAUCUUGUUCAUCCAUCCUUUGUUCUCUUUCUUCUUUAAAUUUUAAUGUAUUCCUUCCUUGUCAUCAUCACUAUUAGUGUGUAAUUGUUAGGAAAUAGGGAUAGUAGCCUCGUUUGGUAUAGACUACAGAGUUGAGCAGCAAAAUUAAGUAGCUUUAGAUUUCAGGAGGGAGGAACUGGUUAAAGUUGGUCUCCUUCACAUCAAAGGUUAGGGUCAGUGCUAGGUAAAAUGACAUCAAGAAAUGAAUAUUGAAAAAAGGGUUGGUGGUUUUUUUUCCCUACUCUGUGUUUGAAGUUGGCCAAAGGUUCUGUUUACACUGUAUUGAAGUCAAUUUUAGAAUUUUCUUAAAGAAGCUAGAAUCCGAACAGUGUUGUAGAUGCAUUGUCAAUUGACUUUGUUUUCGGGCCUCCUUGUGUUCAGACAAUAAUUCUUGUGUUUGUUUAGUAGCAGACCGUGGAUAUGACAAUAAUACUAAAGCUUCUUGGUAGGGCAAACUCAAGUAGAAGUCAAUUCUGAUCUUAACAAAGAAAUAUCUCAGAUAUUUUACCCUUAACCAUACAUGUCGAUUGUGGAUUUCCCAAGCACUUGAGUGAUUUUAAUAACUUGAGUGGGCUAGUUAUGAUGUAUUAAUGUCGAAUAUUAUGCCAUAUUCCCUACAAAAUACCAAAAUAUAAAGGUUUCUCAAAGAAGAAAUCGUUCGGUUAUAAAAGUUAUCAUGAAGAAUAGGGAAGUGGUCUGAAGUCUUGGGGAAGAUAUAAAAAACUUUGACAAAGAAGCUAGAUAUGUAUUAUAUUUCUAAGCGGGCUAGGUUGGAUGCAUAUUUCUCUGAAGGAGACUCUGGCAGAUUCUGUUUAUCAUAUAUGAGCUUCAUGGUUGUAUUUUCUAGCAAGGAGGUCUGAUUCGUUAGAGGAAUGAGAAACUGGGGCCAGUUUUCCUCCAUCAUCUUUACCUAGUCUAUACUAGACUUCUACUAUGGCAAAUGCAGCAUCAGGGAUGGCUGUGCAUGAUGAUUGCAAGCUUAGGUUUCUGGAUUUGAAGGCAAAAAGAACCUACCGUUUUAUAGUUUUCAAGAUUGAGGAAAAGCAGAAGCAGGUUGUGGUGGAAAAGCUUGGCAAGCCAUCUGAAAGUUAUGAGGACUUCACUGCCAGCCUCCCUGCUGACGAAUGCCGAUACGCAGUCUAUGAUUUUGAUUUUGUCACUGAAGAGAAUUGCCAAAAGAGCAGGAUUAUAUUCAUUGCAUGGUCACCUGAUACAUCAAAGGUGAGAAGCAAGAUGAUUUAUGCAAGCUCCAAGGACAGGUUCAAGAGGGAGUUAGACGGCAUUCAAGUGGAGUUACAAGCAACUGAUCCAACUGAGAUGGGACUUGAUGUUAUCAGAAGUCGGUCUGGCUGAGUCAAAUGCUAUGCAACGGCUGGUGUUGAUUACGCCAAAAUGUUCAUAAGAAUGUGGGCUCCAAACUUGCUUUUUAUGAAUGCUAUAUGAUGAUAACAUUGGGUUGUUCUUAAAAAGUGUUACCUAAAAGCUUUUAAGGAUGAUUAGUGUUGUUUGGCUUUGGUGGAUUUUAGUUGGAUGGAUAAUUUUAUAUGCAGGUAAAUAUGGGAUCAAUGCCAGUUUGGUUUUUAUCAGGACAACUACUCGGAAUAAUUUUCAAUGAUUUUCGAGUUUCAUAGGUUCCAUUCUUUUUUCUAUUCAAUUCUUCUGGUGAUUUUUCAUCUGUGUGAUGAUGAUCCUAUGAAUUCAAUAUGUUGCCAAA